AUGGCCUCCAAAAUAAUUGUAAUUGGAGGUGUGUUCUCGGCCUUUGAAGAGGUGUUUAGCAAAGUGCAAAAACUGCAAGCCAAACAGAAUUUCUCAUUUGCCAUUGUGGCUGGCGACCUAUUCGGAGAGACUUCUGAUCCGAGAAACAGUGGAAAACUAGAAGCUCUCCUUCAAGGGAAAAUAAUUAUUCCAUUGCCAACUUACUUCACUGUUGGACACUAUCAACUUCCAGAUGCUGUUGUUGAAAAGUUAGAAAAGGACGAUGAAGUGUGCCCAAAUUUAUAUUUCCUCGGCAGACGAGGCGUCCUAACUACGUCCGAGGGCGUCAAAAUUGUUGCUCUCGGCGGUAAUUUAGGGUCAAGUCCUGCUUCAAGUGAAAGUUUGGAUGAGAAGUAUCUACCGCAGUACACGGAUGCUGACUGCAAGCUGCUUUCCAAGGCAGAUAAUGCAGAUAUUCUCCUCACGAACCAAUGGCCUAAAUCAGUCCAGCAUGGUUCAAAUGUGUCAGUUGGUGGGUUAGACACGGUGGAGGGCGUGCAGUGCCUCGCAAACCUCUGCUCCAUGCUUAAACCGAAAUAUCAUAUCUCUUCAUAUGCACCUUUUUUUUUUGAACGAGAGCCCUUUUUUUAUCUUCCUACAGACGAUGAUUCGAAACCAGCCCACGUUACUCGCUUCCUCAACAUAGCUCCUUUCAGGACAUCUUCCAAGCAAAAAUGGCUUUAUGCCUUCAAUCUCAGUCCGGGUACCUCUUCGUCUACACUUCCUCCGGGGGCGACGAUAACACCAUUUUUGGAUAGUAUACCAAAAAGAAAAACCGAAGAUGAUCAAGAGAUGACGUUCAAUCGCUUCUCGCAAAGAGAUGAUCACCGUCAUCACAACAAACGUGCCCGCAGAUCGGCUCCUAAGCCAUCAGAAUGCUUCUUUUGCCUCUCAAAUCCGGACAUUGCAACCCAUCUUAUCACUUCUAUUGGUACAGACUCUUACCUCACAAUUGCAAAAGGGCCCCUUACAACAAUAAGCACCUUUCCUGGUCUCGGCUUUCCUGGACACAUAUUGAUCAUUCCUUUGACACAUGCAGCUACGUUCUCAGCCAUGAGUGACCCCGAAAAUGCACGAUCCACGUACUCUGAAAUGCAAAAGUAUCGAUUAACUCUUCAUUCGAUGCUAGAAAAACAGGGUUUGGGUACAGUCACCUGGGAAGUGAGUCGGGGUAGUGGCGUCCACAUCCACUGGCAACUGCUCCCAGUGCCUUCCAACAUAAUCAGACGUGGGCUAGUUGAAGCAGCAUUCAAGGUAGAAGCCGAGAAUUUGAACUAUAGCAAAUUUGAGAGACAGUCGGAGGAUACCGUUUUGCUGGACGAGGGCGAUCAUUUUCGAGUCUGGAUACGGGCGUCAAACUCCGACCAAGAGGAGCAGCCAGCAUCGCCAGCAGAGUCGAUAUUAACUCUUCCUUUGUCUGGAAAAUUUCGAUUCGAUCUCCAGUUUGGUAGAAUCGUGAUGGCCAAACUUCUUGCCCUUGACAACCGGGCCAGCUGGAAGGACGCCGCACAGUCGAAGACUGAGGAGAUAAAUGAUGCAGAGGCGUUCAAGGCUGCAUUUAAGAGCUUUGAUUUCUCCCUGGAUGAGGACUGA